AAAUAGGGAAUCAAAAAUACCAAUUCCAUAUUAAAUAAUGAUAUAAAAACAUGGAAACCAUUGAAUUUCAUAGAUCUAAAAAAAACUUUACAAAGUUGUAUCCCUCAUAUUCGAUUUUUUCAAAUGUCACCUGAUGAAUACACGAAGAUUAGAACUUAUUUUAAAAAUAUUUUACCUGAUGAUCUCGAUGAUGAAAUUAUUAAUGCUACAGAUGUUGCAUUAAUAGCAAGUUGGAUCGAUAAGAAAAAAGGAACACCUUAUUAUUUUAAAGAUUUACCAUUGAAAUUUAAUCUUAUUUAUCGUGCUAGUCGUGAUUGUUUUAGGAUUGAUUUGUAUAUCAAAUCAUCAGGAUCUUUUAUUAACAAUAUUGUUGGUAAAAGCAAGCAACACCCAUAUGAAAAGAAAAUCAUUAAUAGAGAAACUUUUAAAAUAGAGGAAUAUGAAGUAUUUCAAGUUAUUAUUGAUAAUAGAUUAUCUACCUUGAUAUUAAUUAGGGUUCAAAAGAUUUUUAAGAAAAGUUUUAAUAUUAUUAAACGGUUUCAUCAGAAAAAUAGGUGGAGGAACGACCUUGAAUAUCAUAAUAAGAAAUCAUUUUUAAGUCAAGCAAAUAAGAUAUUCAAAUGCGGGCAAGGGCUAUCGAACAUAGAAGAAAGAUUAGAGAAGCCACUAUGUAUGAACGCUCAAGGAAAAAUAAGAAGAAAAGACACUAUGUAUGGUAAAUAUGAAGGGAUGGUGCGCACUGCAGGGGAACGUUCAUGA